GUCUCCACCCCUCAACACUUGAGAUAUCGGACCGACGACGAGAUAGAUGGAGAUGAAACAGUUGAAGAAUCAAACAAACUCUGAUGAACAAGAAGUAAACAAGAAACAAAGUUAUCCUGUUACGUUGAAGUUUGACAACAUUGUUUACAAGAUUAAAACCAAGAACCAAGGAUUCCUCAAACACACAUCACGGAAAUGUAAUCCGAAGAAACUCGGAGAGAAAAUAAUAUUGAAGGGGGUGACAGGUGAAGUAGUACCUGGAGAGAUGCUAGCAAUGUUAGGACCUUCUGGUAGUGGCAAAACAACCCUUCUAAAUGCUUUGGGACGACGACUUAUUGGUGGAGACCUAAGCGGAAGCAUUACAUAUAAUGGAAAGCCUUUCUCCAAUGGUAUGAAUCGGAGAACCGGUUUCGUUACUCAAGAUGAUAUAUUCCAUCCGCACCUUACGGUUAUCGAAACGCUCAUAUUCACUGCUCUUCUGCGAUUGCCGCAAUCUUUCACUCUAGAAGAGAAGAGUAGGCAAGCGAAAGCAGUGAUAUCUCAACUUGGAUUAACCAAGUGCAAAGACAACAUUAUGGGCGGAGCAUUUGUCAGAGGUGUUUCAGGUGGAGAAAGGAAGAGGGUUAGUAUCGGACAAGAAAUGCUCAUCAACCCAAGCUUAUUGUUUCUCGAUGAACCCACUUCCGGUCUUGAUUCGAGGUCGGCUCAGCAAGUCGUUUCGAUUUUGUUGGAGCUAGCAAACGGAGGACGAACGGUUUUGAUGUCGAUUCACCAACCUUCUAUGAAUAUAUUUUACAUGUUUCAUAAGAUUUUACUGUUAUCAUCAGAUGGUAAUCCGUUAUAUUUUGGGAAGACAGAAAAUUCCGUGGAUUAUUUUUCGUGCAUUGGCUACUCCAUAUCGAAUGCCACUACUAACCCCGCCGAUUUCCUUCUGGAUCUUGCUGAAGGUGUUUGUCCAGGCCGUUUGAACGGUGAAAAAGAGAUUAAGCAACAUCUUGUGUCUGCUUACAAGACCAAUCUUUCGGACAGAAUAAAAGAAGAAUUUCUGGAAACGGGGAACCUUCAAUUAAGUGCUCAAUUCGAAGAACAAGUGGAUGAAAAGCAAUUCAGUGAAUGGAACACAUCUUGGAUUCAACAGUUUUUGGUAUUGCUCAAAAGAGAUCUCAAAGAAAGAAAGCAUGAAUCUUUCUCCGGCAUGAAUGUCUGUCAGAUAUUGGUUUUUUCAUGUAUAUGCGGACUUCUCUGGUGGCAAUCAAGUUCUUUACAAGAUCAGAUGGGGUUCUUAUUCUUUUGCACAUUGUUUUGGAGCGUUCGACCAUUUUACAACUCGGUGCCUACUUUCCCUUUAGAAAGAAUGAUGCUUACCAAGGAGCGCUCAUCAAGCAUGUACAGACUUUCUUCCUACUUCAUUGCAAAAACAGUCGCCGACCUUCCAAUGGAACUUGUCCUUCCCACAGUUUUUGUCGUAAUAACGUACUGGAUGGGAGGGUUAAAACCGACCGCGGCGCACUUCUUCAAAACAUUGUUUGUCAUUCUGUACGGUGCACUGGUUUCUCAAGGCGUAGGGCUCGCACUUGGUGCUGUUGUCAUGAAUAUUAAGGCUUCUAUCACAUUUGGUUCAGUCAUAGUUGAGACAUUCUUCUUAGCCAGUGGGUAUUACGUGCAAAAUGUCCCGAAAUUCGUAUCGUGGUGCAAGUACAUUUCUCCUUCUUAUUUCACUUACAAGCUCUUACUAGCUUCCCAGUUCAAAGCCGAUGAUAUAUAUCAGUGUGUCCCGAAUAACGCUACGUGCAAAAUUGGGAGUUACCCUGCUAUACAGAAGAUUGGACUUGGGAAUGUAGGUACAUCUAUUGCUGCGCUUACUGUAAUGCUUGUAGGCUACAGAGUCAUUGCUUAUCUUGCGCUAAUGAGAAUUGGAGUAGCCGCCGGUUAAAGAACCUUUUACCAGUUAUUCUCAACCUUCAAAUACCAAAU